CUGUUCUACACUCAGAACUCAGGUAUCUGCUUCCCAACUGGCAGUUCCCUCUCUCUGGAAUGAAGGACAAAAGUCGGAAAACAACUGAAGAUCCUUGGGGAAAUGAUAUUGCCUAGAAGUGGGAUGGAAAUGAAAGGGAAGGGGAAGUCAGACUAUCCAAGACACAGCUCUUAUUCCUGGAUUUUUGAAGAAAAGGAAACUAGGUGAACUAGUUGCCAGGACAACCGGCUGUUGGGGCAAGGAAAUGGGAGACCUGUGGUUACUUCUAUUCCUGCCUCUGUCCCUGGCAGCCUUCCAUGGGGUCAAAGGCUGCUUGGAAUGUGACCCCAAAUUCACAGAAGAUAUUAGGUCCUUGCUGGCAAAGUUAAUACCCUCAGAAGUCCCCGGCCGAAUUCAUCUGCUUGAACGACAGAUUAAGGAGAUGAUCCGUUUAAGCUUCAAAGUCUCCCACAGGGACAAGAUGCUUCGGGUGUUGGCUGUUCAAAAGGUUACCAAGUUAAGAACAUGGCUGAAGAAUGAACUUUAUAAACUGGGCAAUGAAACAUUUAAAGGUGCUUUUAUCCUUCAAGGCAAGCUUCUCGAUGUCCGCCAAAACUUGGAAUCCAAACUGAAAGAGAUAUUAAAGAACUUCUCUGAAGUUGCUUGUUCUGAAGAUUGCGUCGUGAUUGAAGGUCCUGUCCUGGAUUGUUGGACCUGUCUUCGCAUCACUUCCCGAUGCUUCAGAGGAGAGUAUUGUGGAGAAGAGGAUUCAAGGAAGGCUGAGAAUCGAGAGAUUGCACUAUUUCUGAUAUUACUAGCAGAAGUUGUGAUAUUGGGAAGUGCUUUGUUACUAUUCUAUAUCUGUGUGUCUCAUCGGAGGAAAAUGAAGGCAAUACGAAGGUCAUUAAAGAAAUAUUUGGAGAAGAAACUUGAAGAAUUAAUGGGCAUGACAGAUGACAAGAUGGAUGAUUUUGGAAUCAGAAAAUAAAUACACAGACACAGACAGGAGGUCUUUCACAAUUCUCUUACAUGUUGACACAGAACAGAAAACUCAGAAUUAAGCUGUUUUGUGGUCAUAAAAGUCAUAGUAUUUUAAAACUGAAAUAGAGUUUCUCUAGUAAAGAUCCUUAUGCUAUCCUGAGGCAAUGGAAGCAGUGAGAGGGCAAAUGAUAUACCCAGAGUUGUACAGAAUGGAAUGCUGGUAUGUUGCAAUGUACAUAAAGAUGAUAUACAUUGCAUAAGAAUGCAUGGUUGGUAACUCUCAUUAGUGGCUGUAAUUAGACUAUUUCAAUUUCUAAGACUGCUUCUUAGUUCUUUUUACUUUGUUACUGCUUUUGUAUUUAUCAUUUGGCUCAAUGUGGACAAUUUCUUUGAUGAUACAAAACAUUUAAUGUUCAUCAUGCUAUCUCACACACACAUCCAAAAUAUUAUUUUGAGUAGUUGAGAAUUGCCCCAUUUUCCUCUAAAUAUAUGUCCCAUGACUGAAUUGAAUAUUAAUUUCUAUUUCUUUGUUUCUAUUGAAUACUUCUUACAUGGAUGGCACCCUAAUAAGUGCUUUAAAUCUAUAUCUAACUGAAUUCUCACAAUAAUCUUAAAAUUUGGAUGAAAUGAAUACUUUUAACACAAGUAUAGAUUAUCAAUAUUGACAUAAGAAGAAAAAAAUAGCAAUUGCUAAUGUUCUUUAAGGAAAUUUAAAUGGCAUGAGCACAACUAUUGAAAAAACAGCCACGCUUAAGGAAAAGCCUAAAAUGAAAUACAACAUUUCAUGUUUACCUGGAAUGCAAAACUGUGAUCUCUCCCCAGAUUAAGUGUCUGGUACUUGGUUGUAUCCUUGACUAAAGUAGGAAAUACAGGAGAACACGUCAGUUUGAUGGAAAAGGCCCAAGAUCAGUUUUGAAAAUACAAAGUAUUGACUGUAUUGUACUAUCAAUAAUUAAUUCAGAUAUUCAUUCAUGAGUGUUUGAGUUUAUAUGUAUGAAUAUAGCAAAAAGAUCAAAUCUAAUGGAAUGUGUUUCAAAGCACCUGAACAAAUCAAGUAGUGACCAUAAAAAUAUGACUGAGAUUAUCCAGGCAGAAGAUAGAGAAGUGAUGAAGACCAAGGAGAGACUACUACAAAACCCCACGUGAUGGUAAAAUUUAAAUAUAACUGUUUUGUAUAGUCUUACUCCUUUGAAAGACUUUGAGAUGCCGCGGGUUGAAUUCCCAACAGCUUUGGACUAUGUUUUUCAAGUGUAUGAUUCUUAUACCUGUGGAAUUUACUGUAAUUGUUUUAUAAUAUAAAUCCAGAGCCUGGUCUAUCAUUUCUAGAAUUGCCAGAAUGAGGAGGGGCUGGUUGUUUUGUGUUUUUAUGUGUUUGUAAUACAAUAAAAUGGAGAUGAUCUAAUUAAACUGUGU